AUGAGUGCAGGUAAGAAAGGGUUUGACAAGUCUAUGAAGAUGUUGAUGGUGGGAGAUUCCGGUGUUGGUAAAUCGUGUCUCCUACUUAGAUUUGUAGAUGAUAAAUUUAACCCAUCUUUCAUCACAACAAUUGGUAUUGAUUUCAAGAUAAAGACCAUCGAUCUCGACGGUACUAAGGUGAAGCUACAAAUCUGGGACACUGCUGGCCAAGAGAGAUUCCGUACUAUUACUACUGCCUAUUACAGAGGUGCCAUGGGUAUCAUUAUUGUUUACGAUGUCUGUGAUCAAAACUCUUAUGAUCGUGUCGAAACCUGGUACAAAACGGUGCAGCAGCAUGCAAAGGAGGAUGCCCAGGUUAUCGUAGUGGGCAACAAAUGUGACGAUGAGGAAAGCAGGGCUAUCUCUACACAACAGGGAGAGCAGUUGGCAGAAUCCUUAGGCGUUCCAUUUAUUGAAGCCAGUGCAAAGACGGGUCUUAAUGUUAGUGAUGUUUUCUACACUUUAGCAAGACGCAUUCUAGCCGAAAGUAAGGGCCAAGAUGAACCUGCAGAGGGUGAAUCUUCUAUUGAUGUGAGUAAAGGUUCCAACACUUCAAACAAUUCUGGAUGUUGCUAA